AUCUGGGAUGUGCGCGGGUUUUUUCUCUUGAGGUGAAGUCUCAACUACUAACAAAUUUUUCGUUGUGUGUCUAUUUAUGGUGGUAUUGUACGAAUCUAGUCAAGUUCUGUGUAUAAACCUCAAAUUUACAGUUGUCAGGUUAUAAAUAUUGUGGUCCACUGUUGAUUUUAGUGCCCAGGAGCCUGUUCACUGGAUUAUCAUCGUUCUUCUUUAGUGGAACUAAGCUUCGGUAUCAUCUUGCCACUUCAUUGAGCCUUCUUGAUUCUCUAAAGAGGUAGUUCGUAGUAGAUAGCAGCCAUGGCGUUCGCCGGCCUUAAAAAGCAGAUAAACAAAUGCAAUCAGUACAUGACAGAGAAGAUGGGAGGUGCGGAGGGAACAAAACUUGAUGUUGAUUUUAUGGACAUGGAAAGGAAAACAGAUGUCACUUACGAACUUGUGGAAGAACUGCAACUUAAAACAAAGGAAUAUUUGCAACCAAAUCCUACUGCUCGAGCGAAAAUGGCUGCCGUAAAAGGGAUCUCAAAACUCAGUGGACAAGCAAAAGCGAGCACAUAUCCCCAACCUGAAGGAACUCUUGGCGAAUGCAUGGUUACUUAUGGAAGAAAACUCGGUGACGACUCCUAUUUUGGUCAAGCAUUGUUGGAAAUGGGCGAAGGAUUGAAACAAAUGGCUGAUGUCAAAUAUUCCCUUGAUGACAAUACUAAGCAAAACUUCCUGGAACCUCUUCAUCACUUGCAAACCAAAGACCUCAAGGAAGUAAUGCAUCACAGGAAGAAGCUGCAGGGAAGGCGAUUGGAUUUUGAUUGCAAACGAAGGAAGCAAGCAAAAGGGUCUAAUAUUACAGAUGAUGAAAUCAAGCAAGCUGAGGAGAAGUUUGCUGAAUCUUUGCACCUUGCACAGAUGGGUAUGUUCAACCUCCUGGAAAAUGAUGUUGAACAAAUAUCUCAGUUGACUACGUUUGCAGAAGCUCUUGUGGAAUAUCACAGGCAGUGUACUGAAAUUUUGCAGACAGUUGUUGAAAAUCUACAUGAAAAGAGGGAGGAAGCGAUUAACAAACCAAAGUUGGAGUUCGUGCCAAAGACCUUGCAUGACCUGAACGUUGAAGCUAUGGCAACCGAUGGAUAUAAUGGUUCGAGCACUUUCCAUAUUAACAUCCAUAACCAAGACCAGGACCAAUGGAGCCAUUUGAGAGCAUCUCCUUUGCCCUCUCCUGUGAAAAACUCUCCGGCCCGUACACCCAUGUCAAGGGUUCCCUGCUGCACUGCUCUUUAUGAUUUUGAUGCCGAAAAUCCUGGCGAGCUGAGUUUCAAGGAAGGUGAAACCAUAACACUGACAAAUAAAAUUGAUGAAAACUGGUACGAAGGAAGCCUGAACGGCCGCACCGGUUAUUUUCCUGUUACCUACGUCCAGGUCGUCGUCCCUCUUCCGUAAAUAUUAUUAUUGUAGAAUCGUACCAUUGAUUGAGCUUCUCGAAUGGUUUAUUUAUAUUUAAAAGAUUCUGUCCCUUAUCUCUCACAAGUGAUUUCUUAAAUUACUUUAAUUUAUGAUGUGAUUUAUCACCAAUUAAUAUCUAUUGAAAUAUAUUUCCAUGACUUUGAGAAUACGUGAGUUCAAUCUUUAUGCACACGAGCCAUCCGUGAGAAGCUUUCUAUAAGGAUUAAGGGCAGAUUGUAUGAUAUAAUUUGCAAGAUUAUUUUAAUGAAAACAAAUUAAAUUUGCAAAAUUUUAUGAUUGUUAAUCUGCAGUAUUAAUUAUUGAUAUUUGUGGUAUUAAUUGCACUCGAUGUUUUAUGGUAAAUUUUAUUUUUUAAAUGUUAAAAUGAAAUAUUAAAAUGGUUUUAGAGAUUGAUUUUAGUAUUACUAUAGAAUAUCUAUUAUGAAAUCUGUAUAUAAAAGUAGAAUUUCUGUUUUCAUUAACUGACAAUAAGGAUAAUAAAAUAACUGAUGUUACAUUGAAGUGCCAGCUUUAAAAAACAAAAAAUUAGUUACCUUUGUCUAAAAAGAAAAAAAAAAUUGCCAUUGAGAAUAUUUAAACCUCCACUACAGUUUAAUGUCUUGCUACCUUAAAAACUGCAGCAUAAACUACAUAACAAGUUAUAUCAAUGAUUUAUGUAUUAUUAGCAUUGUAUAAAAGAUAAGGUUACCUUUGCCUUAAAAGAAAGAAUAGUCUGAACAUUUUGUUUUAGCUAAAUAUUUGUAUUUAUCGAUUCCAGUUAUCAUGUAUAGAGAUUUCUCUAAUAAAAAUUAUUUUGAAUAAGUAUAAAUCAUGGCAUUUUAUGCCUCAUAUACCUUAAAUGGCAUUAAUAGAAAUUUCUAUACUUGAUAAAAAAAAGAAAAUCGUUAAUCUGAUUUUUAUACUUUUAUUGAAAAUAUGUAUUAUUCUUUUGUAAUUUAUUAGUUUAAUAAUAUUGUAUUAGAGAUUUUUAGUAAUGUAAUUUUAAUUAACAAAUGAAUGAUAAAAAAAUUAAAAACAAACAAAAAAAAAACCUUAUCUAUCUUGUAUAAGUGUAUAAAUUGAUAUGAAAAAGAAAAAAUGGAUUGUCUUCUAUUAUUUAGUUAAAAACUACUUAUGUAAGUGAUUGCCAAAAACUAUAUGUAUAUGUAUGUGUAUAUAUUGCAUUAAAUCAUUUAUUGUUCGUUAAUCUUCAGCAUUUUAAUUAAUUCCGGGCCUUUGAAAACAAGCUUUCCUAUCUCUGAAAUAUUUAGUAAAUUGUCGUAAUUUUAUGGUCAAUUUUAAAUCUCUUUAUCCUGCUUAGCAUAGGUUACCUUGUCCAUCAGCCAGAGUCUGGCAAUUUACUGUGUCAUUGUAUUUGUAUAAGUCUUUUGGAUUGGUGUUUCUGAACAUUCUCUUAUAGUGACCUGUCCUGUAGAAGUAGUUACUGCUAGGCCAUCACCGUAAUAUUAGUCUAUGACAAUACUCUGGGCAGUUUUUAAGUAUAUACUUUGAUAAGUAUUAAUAAGUUUGUUUUACUUUUGAAAAUACUUUCAAACUAUCAGAAAGCUUUUUUAACCCUCCUUUAGAUGUAAUAAAUCUGAGAUAUUGGGUUGUUUAAUUUUUGUCUGAUAUGUAUGCUUUUUUAAUAAUUAUUCUACCUUCUUAAUUCUAAAUCAUCUGUUUUGAUGUAUUUAAAUAAUUUUUCCCUCAAUAUACUCUUUGAAAUUGUUUAUAUGAAGCAAUUUGUUGAAUUAGCAAUAUCUGAUUAACUAUUUAAAAUUUAUUUUUGCAUUCAUUUUGUGAAAAUAUCUGCUGUCAUUAGAAAAUUGUGUGAUGUGUAUUAGAAGAGGAUGAUGACAUUCAGAAAAUGGAAGAUAAAUAAUGCUUAAGUUAUUUUAUAAAAAUACAUGUACAUUGAGAAUAAACCAUACUUUAAAUUAACAAUUAAUAUAUUCAUAUAUUUUAUACAAAAAAAAAAAAAAAGAAUAUGUAUAUAUUUGGAAGAAUAGCCAUGUAUUCACGGAUUGCUUUGGGAGGAGGAAAGGAGUGGUGGUAAUAAGUUGGUUAGUUGUUUAGAGUUGUUUUAGAGACUGGAGGCUUUGUGUUAGAAAUCUUCCAAUUAUACACUAAUAAUUAAUUUCUGUCACUUCUUAAAUAUUUUCUCUUUCGUUUGAAAUAUUAAUUAACUUUAUAAAAUUUAAUGGUCUUUAUUUCUGCAUCCCAUUAUAAUAAAAAAAAAAACACCCAAUUUCUCAGCUUUAUUGUGCUGAAGGAUGGUAGAUUUUACAUUCUGCUCGACAAGGGGUUUUAGAAAGUUUUGCUUUACUAUUUUUUUUUUUUUUUUUAAUUUAUUGAAUGAUUCUGUAUUUUAUUUAUUUUUAUUCUUCAUUUAUAGUUCCUCCAUAUAAUAAGUAACAUCUAAUAAUAAUAAUGAUCAUUAAAUAAAAUGGCUGUAAUUUUUAUAAUAUGUUGGUUGUUUAAAUGCCUUUUGCAUGCAGUGAAAUCCAGCUUACACGAUUGAUCUCUUAUUAGUGUCAUUCGAUAAAAUUUUAUGCAAUUUAUCUAAAUAGGCUUUUUCACUUUGGAUUUAUUUUAUUCAUUACUGCAUCAAAUGUGAAAUAUUUUUACUGUUUUUGUAGAUAAAUAGUUUUCUUAUGUUUUUAAGGUUUACCUUCUCUAGGUGUAUCUAGCCCAAUAGUAAUUUAGUACAUAAUCUGUUUAUCCAGGACUGCUCUCUUAUAGAGUUUUGUGGGCAAAAUGUGGUAAUUUCUAGUCUAGAUUUCUCCAAAUGAUAUCUGUUUCAUUAAAAAAUAUAGAUAAAUAAUACUUUGGUUGUUGAGCUACCUGAUACAACUAGGGAAGACACUUGUGAAUUUUAAGACAUUCCUUUAUUUUAUAUAAAUACCGACAAUACUGUAAACUCUUUCUUAAUCAGCACUACUUUAUUUUAAUAUUGUUUGGGUAGAGAUAUCUAAAAUAAAACAAUAUUAAAUAUUUAUAAUUUUAAUAACUUCAUCUAUGUAUCUGAUUUCUUUGCAUCUAUGUAAUGUUUAAGUAAUCAUUAAUGUUUAUUUUCUUACAAAUUAAUUAUUUCCAUAACACAUGUUCUUCCUGGUUAGGCUGUAUAAGAGAGAGUCUACUGUUUGGUUUCGAUCGUAUUGACCUGCAGUGUAAAUGGAGUGUAUUGACCUGUCAGGAUUUUAUUGUUUUCAAUUGAUGUCUAUCGUUUCUGAUUCAGGAAACUAUUAGUCAUCUUGUUUAAAUAACUCUUCACAUUUUUUUAUUUUUCAAAAUCUGAAGGAUUGUGAAGAAUCAUCCAAAUUAUAUCGCUGAAUGCCAAUUUGUCAUAACCGAAAGCAAUAAAAAUAUAUAUAUAUAUUUAUGAAUAUUAUAAAUGAGAAGAGCUUUUUAUAUUCACUGCUGAGAUUAGACAUUUACAGAUUGCCAUUUAGAGAAAAAAUAUAGUUUUUAAUUUCUUUUUCCUUUAACACCUGUUAUAUAUUUUCUUAUUUUAAACGUGAUGGCAUUAAAUGCUACUUGGAAAUUGUUUGUUACCACUUCAUGUAUAUAUAUAUUUAUCUUGUUAAUGUUUCAAUUUUUAUCCAGUUGUUGUGAUUGUCUCACUGAAUGCCAUUAUUAUUUCUAUGUAUACACUCUUUAAGAUGUUAUAUGUAUAUAAAAAUAUAUUCUGCAUUACAAUUAUAUUACAAAUAUUAAAAAAAAAAAAGUAAAUGUAUAUUUUUCAUCUUUUUGAGUUCUUUCUAUAAUGAUGAUUAUGCUUAUGAUUAUGGAAGUCAUAUCAAUGAUUAGGGCAUAUCCUGUGACUUUGCAUGGUUCUCUAUGUUAAUGUUUGUGUGUUUAUAUGUCUGCAUACGUCAUUUGGAGAGCGUUGCAGAGAGUGAUAACAUUCAUUUUAUAUUACAAUCAUUUCUUUUAUUAAACUUUUAUGAAGACAGUCUAUAAAAAUUUAAAACAAGUAGAGUGACAAAUUCUAGUUUGGAUGCAUUAAGAUUACAGUUGAACCUCUAUAUAUAUCAGACUUUUAAAGCUCCUUCAAAAAUAUUCAAUAUAUCCACAUUUUGUUUCAUAGAAAAAUUAUAAUUUUUCAUCUUUGACCUGCUGUAAUUCAUAUUAAGAUCAAUAACAGAUUGAUUAAUAUAGUUUUUUUUUUUUUUUUAAGGGAAAAAAUACUACUAUAUAUCGUCAGUUCAUUGCAAAAAGUCUUUAAGUGACUUUUCAUAACCUUAAAUCGCUAUGAACUUAGAUGAUUUUUCUCUUCGUGAAAUCAGAAAAUUGUGUGCUGGUUAUAACUUUAUUUGGAAUGUAAAAGGUUUUAUGUAAUUUUUUAAAUAUCACAUAAACAAUGUGAAAAUUCACAAAAGCAUCAAUAGUUGGAAGUUAACUCAUGUCAAAAAUCCACUUAGUGACACAAGAAAAAAGAAAAUUAAUUGUAUUAUAUUGUUUAUUUAUUUGUUAUUUAAGUACUGGCCAAUAUGUUUAAAGUAGUGUUAAUUUUUUUUCCAGAAGUCCAACUUUUCAUCAGAAACUUAAAACAGUUUUUAAUUUGUUUUCUUUUUGGUUCAUCAUUUUCUUAAUUAAUUUUAAUGGUUAUUCUUUUAAUCUUAAGAUUUAUCUUGGUUAAUGCAGUGGUCCAAUGGGAGAGUAAAUUUGCUACAAUUGGUUCCUUCUUAAAGUUUAUAAAUUAACGGAAAUUGAUAUCUCUCAUCAAUUGUUUUGGUAGAAUUGUUUUAUAUUGGAGGGCUGAGAUGCAGUGCGAAGGGCUGUGAAUUGUUAAUUUGUAAGGUUAUCUUAUUCUUUGAAAUUAUUAAUGUUUGACUGAAUUUGACCUUUGCUGAUAGCACUGCCUACAAUUUGGCCCUUUGACUCCUGAAGGAUUUGACAUGAAGCAUACAUUUUUUGUUCAUGCUUCUUUUGUGUUUUCAAUACUUUGUUGGUUUUCCUAUUUUGUUUUUUCUUACAUUAAGUCAAAAUUGUUUUGCAGAGAUAUAAUUUCUCUCAUACUUAGCUAAUGUUUUUAUAAAAUUAACGAAAAGUUCAGUUGUAGAGGUUUUGAAGGCCGUUCAAUAUUAUAUUCCCACUUACCACUCUCUUCUUUGCUUCGUCUAAUUCCAUGGUAAGCAGUGCCAGCGUCAGAGCAGAAGAAUCCAGGCAUUUGCCCAGCAGCGCCAGGCUGGAAGUCAUUAGGAAUUUUUAAAAAGAAAGCGUACAAGAAAAAUUGAUUUUAGUCUAUUAAUAAAGCUAAUUGUAACUGUAGUCUAUGCGUAAAAUGCAUUAUACAUUCUAUAUUUACAUGAAGAACUUUCAUUGAGCAUUUCAUUAUGUUCUCUCGGUAACGACACAAUCUCUUUAACCUUCACUGUAACUUACAGUUUUUUACAUCACGAUCUAAAGGUUUUAAGUUUUUAGAAAAGGCCAUAGGGAAGAAUUGAAACACCAUAGAUUUCAUUUUGUGAGAUCAGAAUAUGCGCCAGGACAAGAUUGAUCAGAAAAGCUCAAAACCUCAUUUUCCAAAGAAAUCAUCCUUGCAGGCUUUUGCAGUGUGGCUGUCGAUAUUUAGUUAUUUCCAAGUGAAAAUUUUUUUCCCUGCAAUAAAUUCAAAUUUAUGAUUAGGAUUUAAUUCAUGAAUGUUUGAUUUAUAGAGGUUAAACUGUAUUUGAACCUUAAACAUUAUUUCGAGGAGAUCUUUGAUUAAUCACUUUUACUUCCUUUUUAAGCGGCCUAUAAUUAAUAUUGGUAUAACUUAAUUACCUCUCUUUUGCAUUUUAAUGCUGAUCCUCAUUUAAGAGAGGAAAUUGUGAUAAAUAGGUAUUUUACCUGAAGCCAUAUUGCUUAUAAAAUUGCUAACAUUUUAUUUAUAAUUACAUUAAACUGGUGGUGAUUAUAUCAUUUACUGAAAUGUACGACUAGCCAUCCAGGUUCAAUUUGAAUUAUUUAAAAUAUGUAAUGGUUAGAAAAUGGUUAAUGAGAAUACUCUAGCUUACAAAAUGACUGAGUACGUGUACGUGGGAUAGUAUUUAGCUUCUUUUUUUUUUGUUUUUUUUUAAUUAUUUACUACUAAUUUUUAGCACCAAAAGCUUUGUACCAUGAAUUAUUUUACUUUAGAUCAUUACCCUCUUCAAAAUGAGCUCUUGAUUGCAAAGUAGUUGAAUAUGUCAAUAUUAAAAAAAAAAUAAAAAUAUUGAAUUUGAUAUCUCUUAAUACUAUGAUAGAAGUCAGAUAUGGAUGUAUUUUUUCCUGCAAUAGACACUUCAAAUUCAAGAGUACAAAGGAUCUAUUUAAAAGUAGUAAUAUUAAUUUCAAAACCAUAUGCCAAUUUUUAUUUGUAUUGCUCAUGUAAAUUCUUUAUGGGUUUACUCUGAACGUAUCAUAUUAUAUUAUAUUGCUUAAAUGCAAUUAAAAUAUCUCAAUAAAUUAAAAAAAAAAAUGGCUAACUCUGUAGUUUAUGACUGAUUGUAGUAUACAUACACUUUUCAGGUAAUUUACUAUAUCUUUUAUUAGUUUACUAUAAAUUACGAUAUAUAUAUAUAUAUAUAUAUAUAUAUAUAUAUAUAUAUAUAUAUAUAUAUAUAUAUAUAUAUAUAUAUAUAUAUAUAUAUAUAUAUAUAUAUAUAUAUAUAUAUUCGAAAAAUUUAAUUAUUUUACUUCCAUUGGGUCUUAUUUAAUUAAAAAAUAAUAAAAUUUCAUAUCUAAUUCGGUGUUAAAUUUACUGUUUAAGAACAAUAAAUCUAUUUGUUAUUUGGUUUUUACUUUUAGUAGUUUUUGAAAAAACAAAUUAUUACCAUAUUUGUGUGUAUUGUUCACAUAUCAAAUCAAAUUUAACAAUUUUUUCUUUUCAUUUAUGUUAAAAUUAAAUUUAUAUUGAUUACAUUAAAGAGAACUUUUUGUGAUAUAUUCAACUGGAAUACUCUGUUGAUUUGAGCCAUUUUUGAAGAGUGGUAUUAAUUAGAGUGAACACAUUUUUUUUUUUUAAUUUAAAUUUAUUGUUACUAACUUUUUUUGCGGUAGACCUAGUGACAGACUAGUCUUUACAAUGCUCUCCCUGUUGUGUCUGUUGUUUAUUAAUAAUCUAACUUUUAAAUAUGAUUGUGUGAAUUAUAAUGUUUCAUUCCCACUACAUAAAAUAUUGACAUAGUAUAUAUUUUAAGAAAAAUUUAAAUAUAUAUAUAUAUAAAUGUAUAUAAAAAAUAUCUAGGUGUCUUCAGACUAUUCAGACAAUAUCCUUUUAAGGAAGGACAAUAUAAAUUAUAUAUAUUAAUAAUAAUAUUUAAGUGUUAAUUAACCUAUCUACAAUUAUAUUUUUGAAUUGUAGAUCUUGCAUUUGUAAUUAAUUAUUGCUUGAGAGCAAUUGGAUGGUAUUUAUAUAUAUCUAAAUAUUAGUUUCAUAAAAUGUCAUCUAUUGGCUUAUUGGCAAUUGACAGCCUUUUGCCAAUACAUCUUGACGUUUUGUGUAUUUUAUUAAUGAAGAAAUUUAUUUCUGUUAGCAUAAUGUUGACUAUAACUUUUUAGUAUUGUUGAAUGGAACCUAGAAUGGUUUUGAUUUUAUAGUGAAUUUGUCAUUUUGUUUUUCCGUUUGAUUUAUAGGUUUCUAAAUAUAUUAAUUGCAAUGAUAUAUCA